AAUAUUCGUGUCCAUAGAUUUGAUACACGUGCGUAUUUGUCUGUAGUUGUGCAUAAAAUAAAUAUUUGUGAAUUCUCGAAUGAGUCCAGUCGUGCAUAAAACAUAUUGUGUGUAUUUUAUCCAUCAGAAUACGGAUGGAAAAAAAAUACGAAUUCAAAAUUACAAGUACGAAAUCAAUCUUUACAGUUAGGCUUUCUUUGGUACGAGUACGACUUCGCACAAGUGACUCAACUGUCAAAAUACGUCAUCACCGCAUUCACAGGCAUUACUUGUUGAGAAAAGAAACAUAGAUCGAGAUCAAGACUGCGCAUGCGCUGAGGAUAACCGGGCUGGGCCAGAGCAAUAUAAAAGCUGGGCCUGUCUUUUGCGCCAAAAGCUAGAGGGUCUGUGGAAGAGGCAAGAUCGGUGACGGCCUAGGUGUAUGUUGAACCAUGGCGGACCAAGGAAACCAGUUAAACAACAUUAUGACCACGGCACAAAACCUGCUCACAUUACUGAGUAGAGUCAGGCAAGGUGAGGGCCAGAGCCAGCCACCUGUACAGGGCCAGAGCCAGCCACCUGUACAGGGUCAGAGACAGGCUGUUCCCCGCCCUUCUGUGCAGCAGGAAAUGGCCAGGUCUUUUCCUGGGCUCUUUAGGAAGGAGGUGAGGGGGAAAAAAAGAUUCACCCCCUAUGCUCGCCCACAGAAGAGCUUCACUGUGAAGUUUUUCCUAAUGGAUGAGCAGCACUGCAAGACUCCUACGGGGGAGGAGGAGCUCCAGCUCAUGUUGGCCGGGCUGGGCAAGCGAUCUCUCGCAUUGACAGAAAGCACUACCCACACAGAGUUGACAGACUUACUGCUUGAAGCCUACCCAAAGCUAGGCACUAUAUCUGGGGGCUGGAUGUUGCACAAAUCCACAGGUGGAGGUGGGCAGCGGAAGUUGGUUGUAAUACCUCCUGACUCUGAGGGAUACACUGGUCAGCAAAUUAAAUCAGUCACUGGGAAUGGAAAGUACACACUGUUUAUAGCUCCCUUACAGGAGCAGAUAGACAGGACACCGCUACCUCCUGAUGCAAGAGAGUUUCACAAUAUGCCAAAGUCCCCAUGUGCAAACUGCGGGGUUAUGAUUCCCUUACAAGCUCUGCCGAGCCACAUUGAAAGCUGCAAAGACAGCAUUGAUCUGUGCAGUUCUUCAGAGGAAAGUUACGAGCAUGACCUUAGUCCAGAAAAGACUGCAGAAUGUCCUGUUUGUCGGAAAGACUUCAACAUUAAUGUCAUUGAGGCCCAUGCCUCAGGUUGUGGAUUAAGAAGUGCAGCCCACGAAGGGAACAGGAAGACCUCAGCCCUCAGCCUUAAUUCCUUUCAAAGUUUGGAGGAGAUUUUGGAGUGGGUGACUCUUCAGGUGGAUGAUGGCGGUAUCUUUUCUAUAGUAGUAUCGAGAUGA